ACACACAGCCUGUCCCACGAAAUGAUGCCGCGCAGCUGUCGGGGAGUUGGCAACGUGUCCGGCUGCCGCUUCUCUCAAACCUGCUGCGCUUCUUCGGUCUUACUCCGGAGGUGCCUUAAUGCGGGAGAAGCGGGGGGCGGAAAGCAAGACGAGCGACAACUUCAAGGCGUACAGGACUAGGCGCCGCCUGUUGGUCUCUCUCUCCCCCCCCCCCGCCCCCAGUAAGGAGGAAAUGCAUGAAGGGGAGGGGAGCUGGGACCUUUCCUCUUGCUUGUUCAACAAAAAAAGAAAGAGCAAGCCAGCAACUGGUAGCACUUCAGAGGCAGGACCUAAACUAACGCAACUCUCCCCAGCUUCCUCUCUUAUGGAGCACGAUUGUAGAACCAAAGGAGACUGAUGCUGUGGAGCCAAGAAAGCUGCCCGCCCGCUCGUGGGGGCGGGAGGCUCUUACUGAGCUCUCAUCUUCCCAACAAAGAUCGCCUGUGACUUUUUCUGGCUGCUGCUUUAAAGCUAAGGGGUGAAAAGGGGCGGCGGAGAAGACAGGCGGAGAGGAAGAGAAAACAGACAAGAAGUGAACUUUUGACAGACUGGGAAAGGGGUCGAGAGAGGCGUGCGGGUUGCUCCGAGCAGCACAGGGACCCCCGAGGAACGCGGGCGAGAUGGGGAUGUUUCUGGGCCCCUUGUGAAAUGUUUUUGCAGGCCCCCUUUCCCGCUUUGCAUCCUCAGCUUAUGUAGUGGCCAUGAACCGGCCGAUGGACCAGGAGAUGAUCGAGCUGAAGAACUUGGGGCUGGAGAAGCAGCUCGACCUGACGCGGGGCCCGCGAGGCACGUCUGAACGUCCCGUCCGGCUGGAGCGGGCCAACGCCCUGAGGAUUUCUCCGGGGAAAGUGCCCGAGAUCUUGAGCCGCGUGCGCCAGAUCCGACUCCUGGGCGGCCAGAGCGACCCCAAACUGACUGAGGAGCUGGGCGAGGGGCAUGUCUUCAAGCCCUGCGCGCAAAGCCAGUCGACCUGGUGUGAUCUGUGCGGGGAAUUCAUCUGGGGCGUGUACAAGAAGCGUCUGCAGUGCAUCCGUGAGUACCGGCCUCCAGCCGCACGUGGCGGCAUUUGCCAGGCCGCUUUGCAUCCUCGCAGGAGGUUCUGGGAGAAGCAGGAGGGCAAGGUAGCGUUCGGUUCAGGGAGCAUAAAUUUGAAAAGAAAUGGAAGAGAAAUAGGAGUAAUAAAAGUAAACUAAGUAGCCCAGGAUGAUGUAGCCCUGUCUGGCUUCCAUUACAGGUAGAAAUUCAACUGGGAUAGCUUCUCCAUCACUUCUCUCACUGCUGAAAGAAGCUGUAUACUGCUUGUCCUGCAGCUAUUAAAAGUCAGAAGAGCGCUUUAAUAAGAAAGGAGACAAGCCUAUGGCACACAGAGGGAAAGGAUAGGUAAAGGACGUAUUUUGUAUUGGCACAAGGGCUGCUUGAGAACGGUUUGCUUUGGAAAGUUUUUAAGUUUUGGAGGAAUUGGGGUUUGGAGCUAAAGAAACAUACAUAAUUAUUCUGGUAGCUUGUUUGGAUUUGGGUGAAAGUAUGCACAGAAUUGCAGCUUUAAGCAAAUGGUGGAGCUUAAAGGAGACCCUGAGGUCACACCCACACUAUGCAUUUGAAGUAUAUGGCUUCCCCAGAUAAAACUGGGAUCCAUAGUUUCUUGAGGGUGUUGGGAAUUGUAGCUCUGUGAAGGGUGAACUACAGUUCCCAAUAUUCUUUGAGGAAGCCAUGUGCUUUAAAUAGAUGGUUUGGAUAUGACCUUAGACAGUGUUCUAUGCCAGUGAAUGUUCUCACAUACAGUAUUGUAUUCCCAUACCAUUUGAGCAUGUGAAGUCCUAUGCAGAUUUACAAUGUGUAAAAUGCGCAUGCCAUCAUGAGUGACGGCUCUCUCAAUGUCUGUUAUACUGCUGCAAUGCUUGCUUAACAGUAACUGAAUGAAUCAAAAUCUAAUUCAGUAAUGCCAAGCAACAUGCUCAUACUUUUCUACCAUUUUGAUUAUCUGGAUCAUAUUUUGAUUUAGGAGUAGGUAUGUGCAGACCGUAGGAGAAAUUGGAGUCCCCUUCUCUUUCUUCAUUUGUUACUGAUUAACACAGGCCAGAACUACCUCUGUUUAAGAGCAACUCAGAACAUCUCAAAUGAAUGUUUGCUACAGUCUAAUCAGCAGCCCACAAUCAUCAUAUUGUGGUGGUACCAUCUAAGCUCCGGCUAUAUAAAUUCUCACAUGUACUCUGAAGAGCAGGAGUAGUUUUUAAGACUCUCAGAAUUCUUCUUUAAAGGGGCACAAGAUGGACUAAAAAAAAGGGUAAGGGGGUGGGAAUGAUUAGAGGUCUCAGACACCAGCAGCCUGCAUUUUCCCAUGCAUGAAAAGGGCUUCCACAAUUCUUUCACUUGUUUCUGAAACAUUGUUCUACAUGGACUUGAAGCUGGUUCACACGUGUGUGUGUGUGUGUGUGUUUCACCAUCAUCUGAUUAUUUGCACCUAAACACAAUAACUCCCACAUUGAAAAUAUUGUUUGUGUUGAAGUGAGAUGAUCCACUGUGGAUGUUUAACUAUAAGCAUUACCAUGGGUGAUAACGAACAUAAAUAUGUGAAUGAACACGCUGUCACAGUUGUUCCCAGUUGGGGGGCUGAAGAAGACCAAAGGGGUUACGGUCCCAAAUUAUGAUGGUUAAGGACAGCAUUCAGCCAAGGAAAGCCAUCAGUUCUUGUGGCAUAAUUGAAACUAUGAAUUUAGAAACUUCUCCAAUGGCCUAGGGCCUAGCCCUAGGCAAUCAACAAGUAGUACCCUGGGGGGUCUCCUUAAAGCUAUUGCAUAUUGUUUAUCAGAGGACAUGUAGGGAAACUAGGUUAACUGAAUGAGGUUUGCUUGGGCCAGAGAUGACUCAGUAUCUGUUUUUCCUUCCUCUCUGCCACUGAAUCAUUCCAUGUUGAGAAAAUGCUUGUGGGAGUAUGUGUAUGUUCAUGAAAGCAGGUGUGGCAUGGCCAUAUCCAAUAUUAUUCACUUAAAUCCCCUAUUUUUAAGUCCAGCAGUGAAGUCCUGUUUGGUUGGGUGCUUGGGAGAGCUUUGGUGUUCUUGUCAACUGCAUGUGUAUUCCGUUCCUCUGCUGGCUUAUAGUGUCAGAGUUGAUUUAUUGCUAAGCGGUGACUACUGAUGCUGCAUGUAAAAGGAUGUUCCAUGUCAAAAAGAAAACUGGGUCUUUGAAAUCAGCUAGGUUCACCAGCUUCCUUUAUUCCAAUGGAUUGGAAUUCCUGCCAACCCCGUUUUCCAAAAGGAUAAUUAUGUGAUAACAGUGCUGUAUUGUGCACCAAAGUUGCAUGUGUGAAAGCCAGGGAAAGCUCUGCUACACCUUUCAUUGGGGCAUACACAGAGAUAUUGUGUUUGUGUGUGUGCUUGCAGGAUGCUGAACAACAGCUGUUUUAUUUCUCUUGUUCUGAUAGGCCAGGACCCAGAUGAUCCUGAUUUGUGGCUGCUUAUUUUAAUGACAGCCUAUGUGAAUAUGUGAAAAACUCAGCACUUCCUGCCCAAAGUUUGUGCAUGUUUGUGGAGCAUCAAGGGCUGGGAAGGCUGCCCCUGUUGAAUUUCUACCUGAUAAGCAGCUGUUGCCGGCAUAGAGGCUUGUUCCAGAAAAAAAAAGAUGGCAUAGCUUCUGUCUUGUUAAUCUAUUGUACAUAGUAAGUCUUCUGAGCAGGAACAGUAUCAUAUGUGCAGUCUUCUUAGGACUUGGACUUGCUUCUAAGCUUAGUCUGUACCAAGCACAAAGAAUGGCUGAGAGUAAUUUGAUUGGCCUACCCUCAGUGUUCCCAUCCUUUCAGCAACUGUAGCUGAAAGGAUGUGGCUGCUCUAAACACAGUGGGUGUGAUUUGCGAAGAGCUCCUUAACUGUGCCUCAUAGCAGGCUUUGUAUCCCUGAGCCUAUCUUUGUCUGUACAGUAUCUUUGUCUCUGGCUGCCAUACACCCUGAGAACUUCAUUUGUUUUACCCUGUUUGUUCCAGCCACUUUCUCAAAUUGCUACCAUGUCCUCUGCCUUGUGUCCUUACAUUUGAUUCUCCCAUAAUUUACACUAAUCCUGCAAGAUUGUCUAUUGACUAACAGUUUUGUAUAAUGUCUAGCACACUGUUAAUGCUGAAUAAUGUUUAGUAGACUUAGCAAGGAAAACUGUAACAAACUUGUCGCAUCCUACAAAAUGUCAUAUAAAUUGGACCUAAAAACAGAAUUGUUACACUUUGAACGCUUAAUUUUUUCUUGCACCUUUGCUAACCUUGAUUGCUUGUUAAAAACAAUUGAUUUGAGAUGCAGAGGGCUAGAGACAAAUUCUUGCAAGAAUAGUGAUGGCAUGGAAUACUUUGGAGUACUACAUCCUAAUUGUAUAAGGCAGUCCUUCAGUCAAGAGCAGUUCUGAUUCUAGAAUUCAGGUAGGAUUAACAGUUUGGCAUUAAUUGCUCCAUAUAAAUUAGAGCUCUGGUGUUAGUGUUUCAUUUUAAGUCUAAUCCGUUACUGAUUACAAUUAAAGAUAUUUACAGUAUUGAGAGAAAUUAUUCCAGAGUAAUUAAUCCAGAAUAAAAUUGUGCACCUUAAUGAAUGGGAUAAAAGUAGGAUAAUGGAAGUGCAUUCUCCUAAUGCCUGUAAAGCAGAGCAGAUGUCACUAGAGGGUGUCAGAGUGUUUAAAAGUUAUUUUCCCUCGAAAAGAACAGGCAAAGAGACAAAUCAGAAAUAAAUCUAACAGUUUGCAGUGCGGAAUUGGGCUUCACUGGCUUAGAAUAAUGAAAUUGCUAACGGCAUUUCUCCUGCUGAGGAGCUUCAUUUUAAAAAAAAAAAAAUUGAAAAAUCAUGGUGGCAACUCUUAUACUUGCCUGUAAAAGGACUGCUUUCUGCUGCUCAGUACUUGCACUGGUGCAAGACAAUUGGCAACUGCUAGAACCCUGAGAUAGAAUUACCAUUUCUCUGUGGUUUCAUGUUGUUCAGUAUGAUUCUUCUUUGUCCUCAGUCCUGUGAUGUUUGUGGCUAGUGGCUUGCCCACUGCUUGAUGCUGAUACUUUUGGUCAAGGCCCUAAAGUCUAAACUCAUUAAAUUAUAUUUGCCUUCUGGCCUAAGAGACUUGAAGACACAGAUUGCUUUCACUUUUCAUUAUUUUCUUCACUAUCUUAGAGCCAAAACAUAACCACGAUUCUAUUUUCAGUGGGCAGAAUGUAUAAAACCUAAGAGUUUACUGUUGUGCAAUAAGAAUAUGUGCUGCUAUAAAUUGUGGAAAAUAAAGAUGGGUUUUGCAAAAUAUGUAGGUGAGAAAGAUAUUAAUUCACUAAUCUUUAUGAUUUUUAGGUGGAGCCAGUUACUUUGCAGCUCUUGAUCUCUGCCAUUUUAGUGAUUCAUCAAAGAAUAAAUCUGCCCAGUUACUGCUCCACAGAUAAAAGCAGCAUUACAUAUACUGAGGUAGUUGAACAGGCAUAUGUAUUCAACAGUUGACAGAGUCAGUCUAAAAAUAAGUGCAUGAUGGUUAUGGACUCUGGAGAGAGUAAUGGACUCCAGAGUGAUUUGCCUAAAUACAGUACUAAAUUCCACAACUGCCAUCAUCCCUGGCCCUUACUCAUGCUUGCUAGGGCUCUUGGGGGUUGUAGUUCAGCAACUUCUGGAGGGCCAAUAAUUCCCCAGCCCUGCCCUAUUAGAGCAAAUCCAGUUGGAAUAAGAAUGGCUUUUUGCAGUUUGGAAAGUGAUGGGAUUGAAAAGUGUGGGAUGGGUUAAUAAUUAAUGAGAAGAUGUAUAAACACCCACAAGCAGAUCAGGACGAAUGGAGGAUGAAUACUUGUUGUACAACUGCCCUGCAAACAAAUCGGAAUGAAUGUUCAAUAAAGACUAGAUAUACUAAUCUGACCUCCAUGUGAGCUUUGUGUAAUAAGAAAAUCAGGAAGAUUGCUCAAUAAACCAGUUGUCUGGACUGUAGAGGUAUUCUGCGUUCUUUCUAGAGAAAUAAUUGCAUUUCUCCAGCAACUUAAUUGAGUGUUUGAAUGCUUGGAAAGCACAGUUCCUCUGUAACAAAAGGUGCUUGCUGCAGGAAUGAAAUUUGGAUGGUGCUCAGCUGUUUAGUAAAAGCUGUGCUGUUUCUGCAUGAAAACGACAUCUGAUAAUUGCAGCAGACAAAAGGCUCCAAUCUACACAUAGCAUAAUGAUUAAUCAAGUCCUGCUUAAAUUGCAGAUACAGAAAGGUUUUGCAUUUACAAUGUUGUCUCUUAUUACAACAUAGAGAAAUCAGGUGUUUUUUUUUAAGUCCCCAGGCAGAGACUGGAAAUAUUUCUGAGGACAUGCAUUCUCGCAAUAAAUAUAUGAGCAUGCUUUGUUUGAUUUCCAGAAAUUUCUGCCAUAUUUUUUCCUAGUCUGUUUCCAUAGUGUUGCUGAACAUGUAUCUUCUCUGAAAAGUGUGUUGGUCUUUCCAUGUUAUAACUGAAGACAUCUUGCAAAUGUGUGUGCUGGUGUCUUUUUUACUUCCUUUUUCUUUUUAAGGCAGCAUACUUAGAAAGCAUAUUUGAAACCCCUAAUCCUUCUACCAUUUUUUGCUUGUGUUGCCUGAUGAGGCCACAAGAAAAAAGGGGGACUUGGAGAAGGCCAUUUGUGUGGAUGUUCUGUUAUCUUUCUGUUUUGCCCAGUACAAGGCCAUCUAGAUUGUCUGAGGCCUAAGGGAGCAAGGCACUCCCUAUGCUGAGGGUGACAUUGUGCCUCGACACUAUGUGAGUGGCAUUAAGCAUUCCUCUCACGUGAGCACAUAUCCUAUGCAGCAGAUUCAGUCCAUCCAAGCAGAAAAUAAUCAGUGCAGGCUGCCUCUUAAAAUGAGGCCUUUAUCCUGGCAGGCGGCAGAGUGGCUGCCAUGGAAAGGUGAUGCCUUGGGACAGAGGCUCUUUCAUGCCUCUUCCUUUGAAGAGAGUGGGGAGGGGAGGGGUAAUUUUCUGGUCUGUCUUUCUGCCAAGAGGAUACAAUGGCUAUGCAUUAAAGCAAUGCCCUGGAGAUGAGAGGCCAGCAUUGCAUAUUAAGCGCAAAAGACAGAAAAGUUUAAAAUGAAGAUUCUAGAGAUAGUAAAAACGAAGUGUUGACCAUGAUUCUGGUGUGAUCAGGCAGAGGUUAGAUAAGCUUUCCUUUUGUGGGGUGAGAGGAGAAGAAAGGCAAGAAAGAAGUCUGCCUUCAAUACAGUGGUACCUCGGUUUUCGAGCAUCUCGGAAGCCAAACAUUUCAGUUUUCGAACACGCCUCAGAAGUCGAACAGCUUCUGCUGAGGUUUUUUUCCCAAUUUUCUCCAUUGACUUUGCAGACCACCCUUUGCGCUUCGGUUGUCGAAUGUUUCGGAAAUCGGAUGGUCUUCCAGAACGGAUUACAUUUGGCAUACGAAGUACAGUGGUACCUCGGGUUAAGAACUUAAUUCAUUCUGGAGGUCUGUUCUUAACCUGAAACCAUUCUUAACCUGAGGUACCACUUUAGCUAAUGGGGCCUUCCGCUGCCGCUGCGCUGCCGCCACUGUGCGAUUUCUGUUCUCAUCCUGAAGCAAAGUUCUUAACCCAAGGUACUAUUUCUGGGUUAGUGGAGUCUAUAAACUGAAGCAUCUGUAACCUGAGGUACCACUAUACCACUGUACAGUGGUACCUCUGGUUGCAAAUGGGAUCCGUUCCGGAGGCCCGUUUGCAACAUGCGCAUGUGCGUGACGUCAUUUUGCACGUCUGUGCAUGCACGAGUGGCGAAACCCGGAAGUAACCCUUUCUGGUACUUCUAGGUCGCUGCGGGACGCAACCUGAAAACGCUCAACCUGAAGCAAAUGUAAAUGAGGUAUGACUACUAGCCUAUCUCACAAUAUAUUUCAGUGCUUAGAGUAAGCCUUUUCCUGAGAAUUAGGAAAAAGGAGGUCCUGAGCAGUUUGAAACCUAAUUGACAUAUUGCUACUGAGAUUUGAGUACCAUCUCCUCCCACCCCUUCCUGCUUAAUCAUACUUGCAAAGGUUGUGUGAUGUGCAGCAAUAGCCUAUUUGCUCUCCCCCACACACUGGAGUUCUGACAUGUGGUGCGUUUCCUUGCGCAGACUAAACCUGUGGGUUCCUUUUCUUCCUGAGCUUUGUCUCUCCCCCCCCCCUUGCCUUACGGACUCUCUUCUUUUUAUUUUCCUUAGACUGUAAGUUCAUCUGUCAUUACCGAUGCCGCACCCUUAUCCGGCUAGACUGCAGUGGCCCCAGAUAUGAAGACAGUGAACAGAAUGAAGGCAAUGAGCAGACAGUGGAAAAAGACACCAACGUGGUAAGAAAAUAGCUGACAGUCAUAUGCUAGAGUUGCCAUACAUCCAGAAUUUCCGGGACAUGCCUGGAGGAUUUUUAAUUUUUUUUUUUUAAAGUCUGGGGUUGUGUUUUUUGUUUUUGGCGCUCUGAGGGCACUGGCUGAGCAGUGGCGCUGUCACAAAAAGAAGGGGUAGCCAUGGCGCUGUUACUUCUGGCGGCCCUCUGUACGUCUCUCCUCAUCCCCCCCUCGGCGGCCUCCAGGCUGGAGUCCCUGCAGGCCCCGCAGCCACAGAGCCACUGAAGCGCCUGGCCUGCACCACUUCUCCAGAGGCAGUGGAGGCCAGUCACAACCUGUGGAAGGCCAGCCUGUACUGCUUUUUCAGAGGUGGCAAAGGCCAACUGCAGCCUGGGGAAGGCCGGCCUGGCUUUCCAGGAGGAGUGCCCAGGUGAAAAGACAGCAGGAGGUCGAAGACAGUGAAGGUAAGAGAGGGGAUGGAAGGAGGUGGCAAGCGGGGGGAGGGCAAAGAAGGGGUCAGCAACAGGGAGGGGGUAAGCAAUGGAGAUGCAGGAUGGGGGGGUCCCCCGAAUGUGGGGGGGGUCUGGAUUUUUGGUCUUUGGAAUAUGGCAACCCUAUCAUACAUGGGGCUGUAAAAAUGCAAAUAGCUUCUUUGCACUGAAGAAAAUACAUCUGGAAUAGUCAGAAACACACCUUUACAAGAACUUGAAUGCUCACACAAAUGCUGCAAGUUGUGCCAGCCCAACCAUUAGGCAUGAUGAGGUGACUGUCAUAGGCAGCUGAUAUGGGAUGGCAUGAAAGAGCAGCAAACAGUUAGUUAGUUAGUUCUGUUGGAGAGAUGGAGAAGUUCGAGAAUAACUUGGUUGGCCUUGGUACUAUGAACCAUGGCUUUGGGGUAGGGGAGACACUAUUUGCUGAAUUGGCAAGGUGGUUUUUAUGUUCAUUUGUAACUUUUGUACCAAAUUAACACGCUAGAUGUCAUUUUGAGGCUGGAAUAGCCAGAACUACAAACUAUACUUCCUUUCUUUUUAUAGUGGGUGAGGAACUUCUUUUGGCUCAAGGGCUGCAUUCCCUCCUGUGCAGCUUUCCAGGGACUGUGCACCACUGGUGGACAGGGCUUAGCAGCAAGAAGUCAGUGGGGCAAUAAAUGUGACUUCUCCAUUGUACAGUAGGCUAUAUUCCAGCCAUGCAAAAUUCAGGAACGGGCACACCCCUCUCCAUCCAGACAAGCAAGGUGCAUUAUUACACUGCAAGGACACAUUCCAGCCUAGCAAAAGCACUCAAGGAGGAUGCAGAGCAGUGCCAGUGAAGGGCGUGGCCUUUGGCGGGUAUGCGGCCAAGUGAGAUUUCCAAGGGUCCUGUAUUUGGCCCCUGGGCCUGAAGUUCCCCACCUGUGUUCUAUAAUACCUUUUGUUCUUGGGACUCAUAGAUUUGCCAGACUUGGUGUGAUAUUUGUCUGGUGCUCCCCAAAAUGUAUAUAGGAAUAUGUCUGAAAGGAUAGUGUUUGCAGACAAGCUUAUUAAAAUCAGGGGUCCUUUUUGAUGGUUUUCAACUGAUAACUAAACAUGUUGCAGAUUACCCUUCAGAUUGCAGCUGCCUGUAAUGAGGAAGAGACACACACACAAAGUGGAUUUUUGAUGCAGUAUACAAGUAUGAAAAUCCUAAUAUGUUCAGGAGCUCCCUACACUCACUUCUGUUCCUUCACAUGGCUAGGUUUUCUCUUAUCUUCACUCAUAUUUAGCAUAGCACUAGGCAUACUAUAAAUUAUGGAGGGUUUAUCCCUGGCUGUCUUAUCUGCUUAAGAGAAUUUUGCUGCUGCCAUAUGUGGGAAGCCUCUGGUACCUCUCGAUAAAUGCAGCCAUCAGCUUGCAUUUUCAAAACAAGACAAGAUUUAGCAGAAGAAGGGAGGGGUCCACAGAUUUCAUCAUGGUUCUGACAGAUCCAAUUCCAUCCUGUUAUUGGCAGAGCUGCUUGCUGCAGCUGGGGCUAGAUGUUGCUAUCAUGUCCCAGGGGCAGGGAGGGCUGAAAGGGCAGGUACUUAGAGAUGCAAGGCCAUCAGCCCAGCUGGCAUUGCUCGUUGCCAAUUAACAUUUUGCCACGUGCUGGACUAAACACUUCUGCCAUGGAACUACAUUGCUUAGCAACAGCUUUUGCAAGCUAUUCCCAGGACAGACAGAAACAGACAGACAUGCACGUACAAGGGAAUUGGGUGGGGGAGGAAUCCCUGAUUUUUGGCUCAAAGUGUCAUCUCUUCAAUGUUCUUCCAUCUCGUUGACCUCUUAAUACAAACAUAGAGUUGGAAAGGACCUUGAGAUUCAUCUAGUCCAACUCCUUGCAAUGCAUGAAUCUCAACUAAAGCAUCCAUGACAGAUGGCAAUCCAGCCUCUGCUUAAUAACCUCCAAUGAAAGAGAAUCCACCAUCUUCCACUGUUGAACAGCUCUUACCAUCAGAAAGUUCUCCCUGAUGUUUAGUCAGAAUCUUCUUUCUUGUAAUUUGGCAAAGGUGUCUUAACAUAUAUUGUUAAGAGAUUUCCCUCCCUCACUUAUCUGUUAUGACCAGAAAUGCCUGGAGGUGUGCUAUUCAUGCUAUCUGUUUGGUCUAGAGCAGCAAAGGGGUGGUGAGAGAUUACCAGAUUUACAGAACUAAAUACUUUAAGCAACAAAGAUUAAAGGAUCAAAAAUAAAGUUAAACAGGACUAGAUUAACUCAUGUACUAAAUAUGUUAUGAGGCAGUGCCCCAUCAACCUGAGAGCUCUUCCGUAGUGAAAAUGAUCUGAGAAAGUUCCUAGGUGGAGGCCAUAGGCUUGUGCUUUGUUUUUUAGAAUUCUGCUAAACUCAGUACAUAACAGAUAUGUUCUCUACAUGUGACUGUAGUGAUGUCUGCACACGUGGCUCUGGGAAAUUUAGAAUAUUUCUAAUCUGGCUAGUAUAAGGAACAUGUGAUUGAAUUUCUGCCUUUCUCUGUGUCUUGAGGUGGAGAAUCUGUGGCCCUCCAGAUAUUGUUGUACCCGUCAUAAAUCCUUGAAGGAAUACCUUUCUUUAGAUAAUCCAACGUGCAGUUUACAAUCAGAGGAGAGGUCAUUCUCAUAUGCUGUGAAGGUAGCAUGGAAGUCCAAUGUCAGAGAGGACUUUCUCUGGGACUCCCUGCUGGGGGAGAUCAGAGAGUCCUCUUCCCUGGCCAUUUUCCGGUGGAAUUUGAAGACCUUUUUAUUUGCCCAUGCCUUUGAAAUAAGAUAGGUAGUCACUGUAGUCUUUAUAAUUGUCGUUUUAGUUCUAGUCCUGUCUAGAACUAAUAGGAACACUUCACUCCAAAGUCUUUGUGACAGUCAUCUCUUACUGUGGCAAAUUUCUGUACCCACAAGGCAGAAAUCCAGUACGUUUUAUUCUUCCAAGACUAGAGAUCUGUGUGAGGCUUACAUGCAGAAUUUCUGGCAGCUGCACAUCCCUGCCCCUGCGCCCCGCCCCCCAGAAAAGUGGAGCAACCCAACCAAACGGGAAACUGCGUUUUUGCCUUUUAAAUGAACCACCCAAUUAUUAAAAUGUUUCUGCGAGACCUACGUCUGAGUAGGUUUACAAAUACAGCCGAACAAACCUGCCUAUCCCAGACAAUAUAUACAGUAUACUUGGAAGGGAAUGCCGGGAAUGCAUACCGCAACCCUUGAAACUUUUCUUUUCUUGGCUUUUUUUUGGGGGGGGGGGGCUGCGUAAGGUUAAGUUGAGGGCGGCUCUAGGGUGUUGCUAUUCCGGGAGGACUUGAAAGGCGCGGGGAGAGGAAAGCCAGUAAGCGUGACUCCACUUCCCGCGUGGCUGGCUUGGGGAUGAAAUCACUGCGCGGGCCGCUCCCGCAGAAGAGGGAAAGGGCGGGGCCGAGCUUUUCGCCCGCGACGGGAAGGGGGGCUUCUCCCACGUCAGCCUCCCCUGCCUCCGUCCAAUGAGGCGCGCGCGUGCGGGGGCUGUAUACGUUUCAAUCCCAACGGCUGCCAGGAGAGGGAGGGAGAGGAGGCGUCUCCGCCUCCAAAGGGAGCUCGGGAGUCUGUUGCCACUCGAGCAGCCCUCGCCCGGCAGAAGGCGGGGAACUUCCAUGAGGCGGCUCUCGGCCGGCGUGGCUUCAGUGCUUGAAAGAGGGGUUCGCAGGCGACCAACGGACGCGGGCUGCUCCUUCUAGGCGCUGUUUAGGUGUUUAUUAUCGUUGCCUCCUCCCGUCAGGAGGCAGUUUGUAGGGAGAGAAGCCGCGCAGCUCCUCCCCAGCUCUGCCGGGUUUCUUGGGCACGCAGACGGCUUGGGUUUGUUUGGUCCGCUGGUGUGUGGCGGCGGCGGGGCGGGGAUCUUCGGGUCUUCUCGUGAAGAAGCAAAGGGAGCGAGAGGAAGUGGAGGAGAAGCCUAAGCUGGGCAUGGGCGAGGGUGACGCGGCGGCCACCACCCCGUCCUUCGAGAUGACCUGGAGCAGCACCACUAGCAGCGGCUACUGCAGCCAAGAGGACUCGGACUCCGAGCUAGAGCAGUACUUCACAGCCCGAACCUCCUUCAUCCGAAAGCCCCACAAGGAGAAGAAGGUGAGGCAACCCCCCCCCGGUCAGUCUCCAGGCGGCUCUAAUGCAAAAUGCGCGGCGCUUACAUCUCGCUGUGUGGAUGGGAUGGAAUCCCACGCGGUGUUAGAAUCUCCUUCCCAAGCUCCCAAAUCCAUAGGGGUUGGCGCGGGGAGAGGAAGGAAGGAAGGAAGGCAUAGUAUUUCCGACCAGCCCACUUCAGUCUCUGUCUCGCGCCCCCCCCCCCCCAAAAAAAAACACAUUAGGUUUUCCAUAAACCGAAAGCGGGUGGAAGGUACCUUCGGUCAAACGCGAAACCAGCUGCGGUUAAUAACAGUGAGAAUGAGUUUCUGUUUGGAACUUCCCUGGAGAGCAGGCUGGAGGGUUGGGAGGAACCGAGCAGGAGAAAUCCUUUCAUUUUUCUGUCUCCCUGAAGUUAGCUCGAAAACGGAACCAGUUAUGUCUGUUCACUGUUUAGGAGCCAAAGACAUAGUCGAGAGUACAGGACAGUUGGGGGAGGGGGGACGAUUUAGGUUGCAUGCAGUAGCAUUUGGGUAGGUAGCUGGUUUAUGGGUCCAGGGAUUGCGGUGAACAGCAGGGAGCACAAUUGUGUUAUUUGUAGGGUGGGGCUCCAAGCCUGAGCACUAACUUACUUUUGAGCAAGGAAAGGAGAAAGUGCUUAUGUAGAGUGUUGAUGUAGGCAGAGCUUCACUGAGAGGGCACUGGCUCUCUUAAAUACAGUAUGGGAUGAGAGCAACAUAAAUACACAGAGGUGUAGGUUGGCACUGCCUUUGAUGGUACUAUGCAGUUUGUCCUGCCUGGAUGAGUGUAUUAUUUCUCUCUUUUUCUGACUACUUGUAUUUUCCACCAUAUUAGCAUGUGUAUGACAAUAAAUUGAAAAGGGGUGAGUUUGGGUUUUUUGCCAUUCCAUGCUAGCAAAAUUGUUCUUCUCUUUCAUGUGGUUGCUCCAGAUAUCAUGGGGAAAGAGUCCUUUUGGGAGGAGGACUAAUAGUAAUGACAGGUGUGGGAUUAUGUCUUAAAAGGGGUCUACAUCCGGCAUCAUGGCAGUUUAACAAGCUUUGUUUGAGAAUAAUGCAUGAAUGGUCACUUGGGGACAAGAUGAGAUUACCACAUGGUGCUACAAUGCAAUGACAAGACAGCGGAAAUAACUAUCAUCCAUUUUAAUUUUACAUGGGCCAAGCCCUAGUGUGUGUAUCACUGCAAAGACCAACAUAGCCAAUUGGUCAUAAACUUUUCACUCAUGUGGGUUUAAGUAUGAUGAGCUUUGCUUGCGAUGAUGAUAUCCUUUAUGUGCUGCCACCAAAUGAAAGUAACAAAAAUGAUUCCUCUAGCUUUGGUCUAUCAGGGAGCCGCUUUUGGAGCUGCUUUCUUAUUCUCUUGAGUGUUUGGAUCAAAAUAUGUGGUGUCUCAUACAUUUUAGACUAAGCAUCCCAGCUUAAGCAAGGAAUCAUGCAAAAAACCUUGACCUUGGUACUGGCAGUGCAUGUGGGGAACUGAAAUGUAGCUUUUAUCAAAUCAAUGCCAAUAAGUUGUUUGGGACAAUAUCUGAAAUGGGAACCUGCUUGUUUCAUCUGGCAAAGAGCAUUGUCCAGAGAUCUAAAUAAGAGAGAUCCCAGAACCAGAAGAACCAGUCCUUAAUUCCUUAAAGCUAAUUCUAGUAGCCUGAUAUCUUGCUUUUUAUAAAAAAGAUACAAGCAAUUUUGUGAUGUUGAAAUGCACUUAGCCUUUAGACAAGUCUCUGAUAGGAUGAAGUGUAUACAUAUGACUGCCUAACAAAGAAGUGAGUGCUCUUGUUAAAUUUCUCAUGAAGAUGCAGACUGGCACCAUAUUAAGAGUGGCUCUCUUUGAUUAGUAUGGAGGAGGGGUGUUGCAGAAAAAGCAGUUCCUUCAGAGCAUUUUCUCUUUCUAGCCUUGCCUUCAUGCUACCAGAUGCUCCUUCCCAGUUGCCAGUAUGCCAAGAAAAAAGGCAGCCUAGUUAUUAUUGUGUAACCAGGAGCAGCUGAGCCUGCCUGAGGAUUCAAAGCAAGUGUGGGGGUGGACACCUAGGUGCAAGUUGCAUCCAAAGAGUCUGGGCUUGUUGUCUGCAGGGUGACAACUACUGAGCCUUACAUCACAGAGGGUUGUAGAGGCCAAAUAUAAAGUGUUCUUUUGUAGAUGAGUUGCUGUUUUCAUUCUGUCUUAGGUCUGAGUGGAAUUUUCUUAAUUUACUUGGACGGUGAGAAAGGAGUCAGUGAGAUCAACAGUUAAAUAAGCUCUUCUUCUUGAGGUUUUCAUGAGCAUGACCAACAGAUGAUGAAGACAAAGUAGAAGCAGUAGGCAUCUUGGGAUGCAUUGUUGAUUAGAAAAUGUUAGUCACCUCUGAUUAAGUAUGAUAAAGCAGGGUUGAAAUACAGUUAGUCUGCAUCAUGUGAAGAGAAUGGUAGGAGGGAGGAAUGGAAAGGCAUGUGGGAGUUGGCAAAUGAUCCAAGAUACUGAUCUAACAACCCCUCAGACCUGUGAUGUGAAAUUAGCAACUACAAACCCAUUAAUAUGUGUUAAGCAUGAUGUGGUUUGCAAGGUCUAAUGGGGACUGAAGGCCCUUUACCCUUCCAUAGCCUUGGUGUGAAGUUUGGUACAGUAUUGUAAAGUUCCACCAAUGAGUUUCCACUCAGGUCCAGGGGGAAUAUAUGUAUCUUUCUGACCUCCACAGGAUAGACAAGAUGAGUUUAGAAACCCUGCAGUGAGUCCCAAAAGUGCAGCUUGACAUGGGAUGAAUGCACAACUGGAAAUGUUCUUUAGCCAAGGGUUGUGACUAAUACAGAGUUAACUUUUGCUGAGAUCCAAUAACUUUAAAGAUCUCAGUAUGUAAACAAUUCAUUCUCUCUCUCGCCCCCUCUCUCCACCACCCCCCAUCCAGUGAAAGAGUAAACUAUUUUUUUCUUGUUCCCAACUGGUCUGCUGAUGGCUUAUGCUGUGUCUGUCUUCAUGUUCUCCUGGGACACCAGGGAAUGCCCAUGUUCAUUUAUAUAUGCGGGGAAGGGAGGAGAGACUACCAGGGAGUUGGACAAAUAAAAAGUGGCAUGUUGGCUGUAGCUUAUGCUAGUCUUCUAGAUAGACAUUUGGUAUGACCCAACAGACGUCUUCUUAUGCUGCUUAUUUCAGUAGGAAUUAAGCCCCAUGAUUCUUUGCUCAACACUGGUAUCAACAGGGGCAGAACCCUGGAAUUGGCAUGGGUUUUAUGUUGCUGGCACUUUUUAUGGAAAUCUGUUGAACCAUGAGGACACUAGAGAAGUGUUGAGAAUAGCGGUCAUCCUUUAGUUCUAAACCUUAAAUCCCUUGACCAACACAAGUCCCCCGCCCCCCUUUUCUUUUACUUGAGGUUUUGUCUCUUCUUCUCUCUGGCUCCCUUCCUUUCCUGUUCACAUGUGGACUGAGUCACUGAGUGCACAGGCCAUCUUCGCUGUUGGUUUUUCUUUACAUAAAAGCCACAUAUACCACAAAACAUCUCUAAGAAAAGCACAGCAAAAACAAAACAACCCUGGCCACAGCAAUGCAGCUAAGAGUCCAUAUUGGACUGGAAUCCAGCAGCUAUCCUGAGCUAAUGUUUCUAGUGUUAGUGUGUAGGGACUCAGAGGGUUCAGUCUUUGCAGGGCAUUUCGUCUUCAUGCUGUGCCCCCUGUUUCAGCAAAGAAUGGCACAACCUAGCAGUCCUGCAUCACUCACGCUUGGGGGUUUAUGUUCUGUUAAUUAACUUCUGAGGUUAUGGUUUUUUCUUUACUCAUAUGAGAGCACUCCUGAGGUCAGAACUGAUAAUGAUGAUAGCAAAGUCUGCCUUUCUUCAUUCUUCAUAAAGUAAGCUAUUCAGCUGCUUUAACAUAUGGCACAAUCAAGUCCAUGAAUUAGUGUCUUUCUAAAUCAUGUGUUUUGGAAAGGGUCUAAUCUUAAACGGAAGUAUGCAGGUGGUAGCAAAUCUUAUCUAAUGAGUCAUAAUACCAAGCAGAGUGCAGCAGGAGAACUCUCAAUACUUAUAUAUCUUUUAUAUUCAUAAAAGUUAAUAAUUAGUUCCAGAAAAAUUCUAGACAAUAGACUUCUGAGGCUUCUAGGAUUUAAAAAAAUUGCAUUGUCAGUAGGCUCACAAGUAUCGUUAAUGGCUACAGACUUGAAAUUAAUUUUAAAUUACGACUUUAAUUUCAGCAUUGCUCACCACUUACUGCAGCAAGAGCAUAUGUUUUUGAAAAUACAAUUGCAGUUAGGCUAUACAAAGGGCCCAAUUUCCUUGUGAUAGGAUCAUCCUUUUAUAUCUUUGGUGCUUUUAAAUUUUAUAAUCCUUACUUAAUUUAUUCUCACAAGAAUAUGUGGGACAGCUUCUCUGGGGAUAACAUUCCAAAGAUAAUGGUGCAAUAGCUGAGAAUACCUUCUCUUUGGUUAUCAUCUCCCUUAACUUUAGAGAGAAGAGCACCCGUAUAAUAUCCUGUGGCAAAGACUUCAGUGCAUGGGCACAUUUUAAUAUAAAGUGGUACUUAAAGUGCCCACAGGUCACAAACCAUAUAGUGCAGGGGUCAGCAAACUUUUUCAGCAGGGGGCCAGUCCACUCAGUCCACUGUCCCUCAGACCUUGUGGGGGGGGCGAACUAUUUUUUUUUGGGGGGGGGAUGAAUGAAUUUCUAUGCCCCACAAAUAACCCAGAGAUGCAUUUUAAAUAAAAGGGUACAUUCUACUCUUGUAAAAACACACUGAUUCCCAGACUGUCUGUGGGUCAGAUUUAGAAGGCGAUUGGGCCAGAUCCGGGCCCCAGGCCUUAGUUUGUCUGUUCUUGGUAUCUGUGCCUGAGCACACUAGGUCUGAGGUAACACUGCCCAUUAGACAGUGUUGGCUCAUGUUUAUAUAUAAUAUAAUGAUUGUUAAGCAACUCGGAGGUAGUUAAUUCUGGAUUGCUUCAGUUACAGUAUCCCAGCUGUGAUUUAUGGCAUUUGCACAUCAUUAGUAAGGUAAAGGGUAAAGGGACCCCUGACCAUUAGGACCAGUUGUGGCCGACUCUGGGAUUGCGGCGCUCAUCUCGCUUUAUUAGCCGAGGGAGCCGGUGUACAGCUUCCGGGUCAUGUGGCCAGCAUGACCAAGCCGCUUCUGGCGAACCAGAGCAGUGCACGAAAACACUGUUUACCUUCCCGCCAGAGCAGUACCUAUUUAUCUACUUGCACUUUGACGUGCUUUCGAACUGCUAGGUUGGCAGGGGCAGGAGACAUCAAAAAAUUGUAUACUCUAAAUUGUAUAAUAGGAUUGAGUCCUAGAGAUGGCUCUUUGUCUUGUAAACAGGAUGCCUGUGUCCCAAACCUGACUUGUUUACCUUGUGUGUGUUGGGGGGGAGCAGGAGCUGCCCUUCCCAUCCUAUCUAGAGCCAUCUUCCCCUUUGUUUGUUCCACCCUUGCAGAUUUCCUCUUGCUCUUUUCCACAGGAUACAGCAACUUCCCAUUUUGUUCCUUGGGUCAAAACUUUAUCCAUAGGAAAUGUUCCCCACCCCAAUACACCCAGCUUCCCACAAUCCAGGCUUUGCUGGAUUUGUCAGUUUGCAUGUAAGCUCCUGUAGAGUGGUGCAUGGCAGGUUUAGACAGAUUUUUUUUCCUGUAGAACUCACUGCUACUGUAAUCUUGUGCCUAGUUAACUGAUGAGCAGCAAGAAGAGGGUGGCAUUGUUUACUUCCUACGAAACAUCUACUUGUUGGAGAGGAAACUAGAUUAAAUAAUUUGCUGGCUAUUUCCCAUUCCCUGGUAAAUAUAAAAUAAAUAAAAUCCCAAUUUUAUUCCUUGGGACUUAGUGUGAAUAUAAAUGUUUUUCCUGCUGCUGUGGGAUGUAGCAGUUGGUAUAAGACAGCGGAAGAGUUGAUUGGGAGAAUGCAAGAACAUGUAGAGGGCUUAGGAUAAUUAGUAGUUCUAUUUAAUCUGUUCUAUCCUCUUGAUGCCGCCUUAUGUCAACCUAGCAGUUCUAAAGCACGCCAAAAGUGCAAGUAGAUAAAUAGGUACUGCUCCGGCAGGAAGGUAAACGGCAUUUUCGUGCGCUGCUCUGGUUCUCCAGAAGCGGCUUAGUCAUGCUGGCCACAUGACCCGGAAAAACUGUCUCCGGACAAACGCUGGCUCCCUCGGCCUAUAAAGCGAGAUGAGCGCCCCAACUCCAGAGUCGUCUGUGACUGGACUUAACUGUCAGGGGUCCUUUACCUUUUUUAUGUCAGAAAAAGCUAAUAUGGAAGUUUUCUAGGGUCUAGCAGGAUCACAGUAACAGAGGGAAUAGCAUGUUGCCCUUAAGCUGAAUAUGCUGCAAAUCUUUCUAUAUAGCUAGUAUGGCAACUCCUUGUUGAAGGGAUAUGAUAAGCAAUUUAGCUCUGAAGGAUUCAUCUAUAGCAGAGCUUUUCAAACCUUUCAUGUUGGUAGCAUAAUUUUGUGACACAGUAAUUCAGUUUUACUAGCAAGGUAAAGAUAAAGGGUACCAACCCUGGGAGGAGCAUGGAGAGCAUUUGCGUGACACAUAGUUUGGAAAGCUCUGGUCUUGGAAAACUCUGAAGAAAGUAACUCUUGACCUUGGUUCUCCAGCCAUAAAGUGGAUUGUGGGGAUGGGUUAGAAGCUUUUAAAAUGCUUGUAAAAUAUGAAUACUACGUAAAUGAGUGUGCUGACUAGGCAGAUGAUUUCAACCAUGUAAGUAGAAUAUCUCCCCAGGACUCUCUUGAAGAAGUAAUUCAUACAGAUUGUGUUGUGAGGCACACUUGUAGCAUGGCGCCGAUUCUGUUCUUGAUUCUGCUUGGGAAAGGAGGCACCCCAUCUCUCUUACUUGUUACAAUUAUUUAUAUUACACUUUUCAGGAUACAAAUCCUUCCAAAAUUAUUUACAAGUACCAUCAAUGCAUAUUAACACUCGCACACAGUAAUCAAAAUUAACAAAUACCAAGCCAUAAGGAUCCUUCCCACAGGGCACCUAGUAGUGGAUGACUCCAGCUGAAGCAGGGGCAGACUUCAUUUCACCUUUCUUACUCACUUUCCUGGUAUCCUUUCCAAAGGCAGUUGGUAGUUUGCCUUGGCAGGCAAAGAGCAGUUGAAACAGAGAAGACUACAAGCACUUCUCCUCUACUACUCUGUAAUAUACUACCUAUAAUAGCUGUGGAAGCCAUAUAAAAGGCAUGGAUAAAAACAAAACAAAGCAAAAUUAAAUUGACAGAAAAAAUUUAUAGUGCCGAUGAUUCUAGCACGUGGAAUAUCUGCCCUGUACUUUGAACACAUCUAGAUUUAAAGGGUACAUUGUUGUUUUGCAAGCCAUGCAUUGCGUGAACCAAGUGGCAAUACAUUAUUCUGUAAUUCACAGUGCUCACUAGUUUUAUAUGGCACAGAAAUGGACUUUGUUUCACCACACCUGUGAAUAUGGCUUAGUGGUAUGUGACAUUGCUUUUGGAGUAAGAAAAUUAAUGGAAAGAGCCAGCUAAAAGUGCCUGGGCUACAACUACCUGCCUACAGAGAAUGAGAUGCUUGGAGCUGAAAGUUCAUGGUUUAAAUCCAGGGGUGGGAAACCUUUUUGGCCCAGAUUCCUAUCACUCCCUACUCCCCUGGGCAGAACAACCCAUCUGUAAAUCACUUGAAGUCAUUAUAGCACCAAAUGAUUGGUAUGCAGGAGGUCCCACCCACCUGUCAAAGUCCAUCACACAUUGUUUUUAAAAUGUUAGGAUGUCAGGCAUUGGGAACUGCAGUGCAAGGGUUUUGCCAGCCCUGCGCUUGCCAGUGCCAACAUACACCUGGCAAAGCUGCUUUCUGCAGGAAUUUGCUGUGCAGUCAAGUUUCCCAUGGGAACUUAGUCACUCAAUCAAUGCAGCUGUUCUGCAGGGAUCAGCUGCAUCUCUACCUGCCCCACACUUGACAUCACAUAGGAUGUCAGAUGUGGGGCAAGUGGCCAUGGUUUGGGAAAAUGAAAUUGGGACCUCUGCCAGGCCAAAUUUGGCUCAUGGGCUAGAGGUUCCCCACCUCUGUUUUAAACAUUGGAAAUCAGAAGGAUUUUUCCAUUUCAGCUAAACGGUAAAAUAAGUUGUCUCUAGAUUGACCUGCCAGUAGGCAGGCAAGUUGUAAUGUCUUGAGCUAUCGCACAGCCAGGUUUUCUAGGCCAAGUACCAUUCUUCUGCAAGUAUUAACUGUACAACUCUAAAUUGUAAUGCUGAAUUUGGCACAUAUUCACAUAAGGUGUGCCCAAAAAAUGCCAGUCUAUUUUCCUUUGCAAACAAUCUCUCAAGCCACUUAAAUUUCAAGUAAAGGUAAAGGGACCCCUGACCAUUAGGUCCAGUCGUGACCGACUCUGGGGUUGCGGCGCUCAUCUCGCUUUAUUGGCUGAGGGAGCCGGCAUACAGCUUCCGGGUCAUGUGGCUAGCAUGACUAAGCCGCUUCUGGUGAACCAGAGCAGCGCAUGGAAACACUGUUUACCUUCCCACCAGAGCGGUACCUAUUUAUCUACUUGCACUUUGAUGUGCUUUCGAACUGCUAGGUUGGCAGGAGCAGGGACCGAGCAACGUUGCGGGGAUUUGAACCACUGACCUUCUGAUCGGCAAGUCCUAGGCUCUGUGGUUUAACCCACAGCGCCACCCGCGUCCCUCAAGCCGCUUAAAUUUCAAAGGGAGAACUAAUUCCUGGGAGUUACUCCUGUGGCUUAAGUAUUAUCAAGCUAUUGCAAAAUAGAGCCACAAGGUUGCUAACGGGCCAUGUGAAGGGCAUGCUGUUGCUUAAAGACCAGCACUGGCUCAUGGUUAAUUUCUGUACAUGAUUCAAAGAGAUGGUGCUUUUCUUCCAAAACUCCACACAACUUGGGCACAGGUUGCCAACACUAUAUGACCCCACCAACCUGUCUGUGUGCUGUGAUCUAUCUUGGACACCUUCCUUAGGGUCACACCACCAAAUGAGGUAAGACUAGUAGUAAUGAGAGCCUCUUACCUGGUGCCUUAACUUAAUUAUUUUUGAAGCACCAGGCUUUUCUCAGGCUGUUAAGAUAUGAUGAAAUCUUAGAACUGCUUUUGAUAAUUUUAUCUUCAUGCUUCCUUUUCUUGUUAUUGUGAUUGAUGUUUGUGUUCAUUUUCUAAUUCACAGUAUUUUUAUGAAUAUACAUCUUUAUCAAUAAAAGAUGUCCUGGUUUAUUUUUUUAGAAGUAGUAUAUAAGGUCAUAUAACAAACAUUGUCAGUGACUCACAAAUGCAUUAUUAUUGCUUGGCUCCCAUGUCUCCAGCUAAAAUGAUUUGUAUUAUAUUUAUACUGUGUAGAGGAUUGCAUAUUGCUUUAUUCAUAGGUCUCCUCUGUGAAGGAGACCCUGGGAGAAUAGGAGCUGAUCUCUCCCAUUUCCUUUUGCUCAUGUGGUUACUCAUGCAGUGGGAAAGGAAGUGGUUCCCAGUAAUCCCUGGAGAUUUCUGAUUGGUUUUUGGUGAGCUCAUUUGGAAUUCCCUACAGUCUCCCUCCCCCCACCAAAAAGAGUGAUGUCAACAGGAAAAGAGGCUGAUGCAACCAUGAGCAAUUCACUUCUUCUGAAAAUCUGAAAGAGAAACUGGUUGUGGGUGUGUAUGUAGAAGGGUGCUCAUUUUGUGCAUGUAAUUCUAGAGGUACUGUAGAAGGAAGUUUCUCUUCUGUAGAGGAGCUACAAUGUACAUAUUAAAGCAAACUUUUUAUUGCACAGAUUCCUGGCUUUCAGCGGGUUGAGGGCUAUACUGCAUUAAGUUACUAAUGUCGGGAGUUAAUGUCUUUUAAGAAGCUGGCUCUGUUGAUCCUUUUUGUUCUGAGCGCCCCAUUACCUUUUAAUCUCAGUCGGAUUCCUGUUUCAUGUAUUAGCAACGUAAACCAUAGUGAGUUUACUUUACGUGGAAACCAUUUGGAAUUACCACCAUGGUGCAUAAUGCCAAAGUACCUAUUUGAGGUAGAGCUAGAUCCUUGAGGUGAAACUGUAUCUCAAUGUAAUUCUCCAUAAUUCAAUUUGAAGUAAAUGUUUGGAAAAGUGUUGCUUCCGUUUCUGCAUGUUUGAGAGUAGAUGUUUGGCUCUAAAUAGAGAACCCUGGUCUCUGCAUUAGUAAAGCAAGUACUUCACAAGAAGGGUGGUUGCCUUUUUGGUGUACUGAAGCAGAUUUUUUGUAUGGUGGCUUCUCUUCAUGACAGAGCACCCUCUGUGUGUCCUACCAAAAAUCAAAAAUUAUUUUUGCAACACUAUGAAAGCCAGCAGAUACGGCAUUCUGUUAUUCGAAGGAGGGGGGGUUCAUUGUCUGUAAGAAUACUUCUUUCAUGCCUUCAUUUCAGUGCAGGUGGGGACCCAGUGGGUACAAAGAAAGGCCCUUGCAGGCACGUGUGCCACACUAGUAACCCUUAUUGUUCUGAAUACCUAUUCUUGCAGCUUCUGGGAAUUCAGAGUGUGGUUAGAUGCUGCAGUUUGCAGGUACAGCAUAAGUCUACUUUGUAGCCUUUUUAAUGGUAAGAGAAUUCUGAUCCUUGGGUGUUGCAUAUUAAUCAUGGGGCCAAUGUACAGUCAUGUUUCUGGGGUGGUGUAACACCAAGCAGGCAUGAUGUGAUUAUCAGCCUCUUCUCACACCCACAUAUGAUUUGUUUGCAAGGAUUUUGUAAUCUACCAUUCAAAGCUGAGAAUGGAAAUCAGGAAGUUUUUGUUUCUUGGUAUAAUGAGUUCAUUCAACCCCAAAGCAAGGAGUGGUGAGGACUGGCAUGUAGAAAGCUUCACCUGAAACCUGUAGUUUCUCUUGACACCACCUCCAUAAUUUAUACAAGGUCUGAUCCACUGCACUACUUGUAUCUAAACAAAUGUUGGUUUAACAUCCCAUGAAGGGAAAUGAACUAUAUUUGUGGGAUUGCAUUGAAAACUAAUUCCAGAUUACCUGCUCUUCUGCAGGAUGAACAGAUCGAAUGGGACAAGCCAGUUCUGUCCCAAACUGAGAUUGAGCAAAGGAUAAAAGAAUACAACAGUCAGAUCAACAGCAACCUCUUCAUGAGCUUGGUAAGUUUCAGGAGAGAUAUAAUUCUUCGCCCUUGUAUAACUUAGUAAGGUUAAAAGGUAAAGGAAGAAGAAGAGAAGAAGAGUUUUGAUUUGAUAUCCCGCUUUAUCACUACCCUAAGAAGUCAAAGCGGCUAACAUUCUCCUUUCCCUUCCUCCCCCACAACAAACACUCUGUGAGGUGAGUGGGGCUGAGAGACUUCAGAGAAGUGUGACGAGCCCAAGGUCACCCAGCAGCUGCAUGUGGAGGAGCGGGGAAUCGAACCUGGUUCACCAGAUUACGAGUCCACUGCUCUUAACCACUACACCACACUGGCUCUCCUAAAGGACCGUUGGAUGGUUAUGUCCAGUCAAAUUUGACUAUGGGGUGCAGUGCUCAUCUCCACUUUCAGGCCGAGGGAGCUGGCAUUUGUCUGCAGACAGUUUUUUCAAGUCAUGUGGCCAGCAUGACUAAACCACUUCUGCCACAACGGGACACAGUGACGGAAGCCAGAGUGCAUGGAAACAUCAUUUACCUUCCAGCCGCAGCGGUACCAAUUUUUUACUUGUGCUGGUAUACGUUUGAACUGCUAGGUUGGCAGUUUUACCUGUAUAACUUGGUAGCUGAGCUUCAGAGGCCUAUGUCUGCAUUUGCUGUCUCAUCAUUGUAAUCCUUAAAAUGAAAACUACUGUAUAGCAAUCAUUGCAAGCAUAUUCCAUCCCUGUUUUGAUGGCAUCCUGUAUUUGUAGAAAACCCCUGUUCAUUCCAAGAUUUGUGAGAAUUAACUUUAGCUUCUUUGCCCCUCAGAGACACUGACUUGUAGCCUGUUUUUAUUCUUACUAACUUUUAUAACCAUGUGACCCUCAUGCAAUGCUUACUGUACUUCUGCUCCUACAGAACAAAGAUGGUUCCUACACUGGUUUCAUAAAGGUGCAAUUAAAGCUGAUACGGCCUGUCUCAGUACCUGCCAAUAAGAAGGCACCCUCUAUCCAGGACACCAGGAAGUGCUCCUCACGCAGCCAGGCAGUAAAGCGGCGCACCUCAUUCUACCUACCCAAGGACACAAUCAAGCACCUGCAUUUAAUUUCUUGUACACGUGCCAGUGAGGUCAUUGAAGCUCUGCUGAAGAAAUUCAUGGUAGUUGACAAUCCCCGCAAGUUUGCCCUCUUUGAAAGAACAGAAAAGGAUGACCAAGGUACCUGAUCUCCCCCUUCCCAGUUUUUUGAGAAGCCAACAUGUAACAUAUUGCAGACUUCUAAACAGCAGCUUGCCUAGUAACCUUCAGCAAAUAAAAAUUGGUUCCAGUUGGCCAGGAAAGGAAGGUUUUAUCAGAUGGGAAGAAGUUCAUUUCUUUGCUUAGGUUGUUAGAGUGCAGUGAACAACUAACAUAAGUGUUAAUGAGCAAAGAGGCUAGUAAAAUUGUGUGGGCCCUUAAUUUUUGCACUUAGUUGUGAAGCUGAUUUAUUAGUACAUUGUCUGAAGCCAAGUGAUGUAAUCUUAGCAAUUAGUCCUAGAAUAAAAAGAGGUUGAGAGAAAGUAGUCCGUAAAUCAUACAGAGCAAGUUUGUUCACUUUCUACUGAAGAUUCUAAAUAUAGUUCUGACUUCAUUUUUGAAGUUUCUGCUGAUGUAGCAGAGAAGCUUUAUAUAAGACUGUAUUCUCAUUAUUGUUAAUUAUAGGUCUGUAUUAAAGUGUGUCUCAUCAUUUUAUGUUGCUGCUGACUGAGGCAGGCUGGAAGGAAGAAAAGCUGAAUCUUCCUUACAUCCUCUUUUCCUGACCUGUUCCCUGCAGCACUGCUUACUUAAAAGAACUGGAAAUGGAAAACUAGUGGAUUAACAGCACCCUCUGCUGGCAAAAAAUAGACUGCUUAAAGUAAACAAGGGUCAGUCUGAUUUGUCCAGGUGACUGUUAUACAGAGUCAGGGUGAUUGAGUUCUUCAUUUAAUUCCACUUCUAAUGUUCUUGUCAGUAUAUCUCCGCAAGCUUUCUGAUGAGGAGCAGCCCCUGCGUCUCCGGCUACUAGCUGGCCCUAGUGAAAAAGCACUGAGCUUUGUCCUGAAGGAAAAUGAAACUGGAGAAGUCAAUGUGAGUAUUUGUGUUUAUGGUUUGUCUGAGGUUCCAUGUCAAGUUAUGUGGAACUGACAAAGCCUAUAAUAUUUGCUUAUCAAGUUUACUUUUAUCUUUAUCUCAGUAGAUAAAAGAAGGGCACUCAUGCUCUAGUUCCAGUUGCGUGGUUGGCUUUAACUAGUGAUGCAGGGUAGAAACUUCUUCCCCACAAUUAUUUUUCUUGCAGAAAACAUUACAUUUCUAAAAAUAUAUUAUUUAACAUAAUCAGUGAAUACAAAUUUGUACUCUGUCAGGAAGUUGUACCUUGAACAUACAUGGUGCACAGCUCUGUGGGUUUGCAAAAAUUAGUAACAGCUGCCAGUGCUACGUUAUUUUUCUUUUUUAAAAAAUUGGGGUGUGUGAGGAUGCACUAUGUGCUAUUUGUCAUCUCUUAAAAUAUUUACAUGCGUUCCAGUAAAAAAAAGCCCUUUUGAGUAAAGCUUUGGUUCAAACAUAGCAUUUAAACUGAAUUAAAUUAUUCUAGCCUUUUCCCCAAUCAAAUAGUUGAGUUUUAUGGUUGGAAAAACUUGAAGUCAAACAUGCUGAACUGGAUGCCAAUUAAUGCUGGGGAUCAUAACAUCUUUUGAUUUAAUGUAUUUCAGAAAAAAACUACUGCUAAUUUAUAACUAUGAACAAAAGCAGCAGCAUACAGGCCAUCUGUUCUUGUUUCAUGUUGACACAUGAUACAUUCUAAUAGAUGGGAGCUUGAGGGGUUUUUAAGUUAAGGGCUGAACCUUCAGCAAAAAAAGAAUAUUCUCUAGAGCAUGAUUUAAAAAUUCAAACAUUGUGGCUUGAUGACACUUUAUUGCCCCAUUGAAAAUGACCCAAGGACUUAAUUGUAGAACAAGACUGACUAUAGAGCAGAGCUCUUAAAGGUGAUGUUCAUGGUAGAAAAAAUCUCACAUAAUGGAAUUAAUGUGGUAGAACAUAGUUCUUGGUCUACUCAUAGACGCUGUUGAUUAAUUAAUUCCCUGGGUCAAGAGUGUAUAACAUGGGAGAAUGAAUUACAAAAGGAUCUGUUCUACACUGUUCAUAGGGAUGUCUUAGCAUUUGCAAUAACAAAUGCUCACCUUAGGUUAAAAUCUUUCCUGAAAUUUUGAAAAUGCUAGUUAUCUGUGCAGUCCUGUUUCAGUAUUGUUCUUGAAUCUUGAAGCAUUGUGAAAUCCAGAUAUACCACCCUUAUACACACUCUGGCUAUUUUUCUGCCUUGUUCUACAUGCAUACAUCAUUGACCCCUUGCACCUCUUGCCACAAGUCCAGGUUCCCUCCUUGCCAGUAAAGCUGUGCUUCUACCUGGAGUACCACUGAGCUCAUGACUGUAAUACUAAUACAACUUGCUUUUUCACAUUUUUCUGCAGUGGGAUGCCUUUAGUAUGCCUGAGCUACAGAACUUCCUGCGUAUCUUGCAGCGUGAAGAGGAAGAGCAUAUUCGACAGAUCCUGCAGAAAUAUUCCCAUUGCCGCCAAAAGAUGCAAGAGGCUCUGGCCACCCGCACACCAGGUUGACGAGGUGCUCCAUCCCAGACCCAGCACUCCAGUAAAUAUAAGAUGCCAGAUGCAGAGAAGUGGUGAAGCCAAGAAGACUACGAGUGAAGCGAUCCUGCGAUUGUGUGGGUUGAAUGUAUCUCUGGAGGGGCGUAGGGUGGGAAAGGGACAACAGGGGUUUGUGAGCCCGUGACUGGUGCAUGUGUGUGUGCUCUCCAUGGAGUGAGUGGUUAAUAGAGAUGUUGCAUGCAUGAUGCAAUGGGAUCAGUUGGGGAAGUAAGGAAGUGCCUGUGGGAUGUGUUUGAAGAUGAGAAUUUGAGUAGCCUUGCUACAGCAGCUACUUUCAAAGUGCCAGGAUGCUAAUGCCACUUUUAUACCUACAGUGUGUCCAAAUGAGGUUUAUGUGGGCUUGGUGUAAAGAUCACUUGAGAUUUAACAUAAGCAAAAUAAAUCAAAGUGGCCUCAAAUUCUGAUGUAUUCCCAAGAAGGGAGGGUGGCCUUAGCAAGCACCUUCCUUCACAAUACCAUUUUUUUAUUUCUAUCAGAAUCAAACUUUGAAGGCCCAUGGGUUGAUCUGAUAUGUUCAAUCAUGUCUUUAUUUGUCGAGAUUGAUACUGAUUCAUAUAACAGUAAGACUGCUAGCAGAAUGGAACUACCUGCCUAUAUAGACUUUGCUCAGACUAUGGUCAUACAAAACAAUGACGAAAAUGUCUGUUGACUCCCAUCUCAGAUGGAUCUGAAUGGGAUUCAAGAGUAAUUGAACCAGAAUAAAAAAAUGCCAAAGGAAACUCUGAUUAGCAGAACCCAAAGAAAAGGUAGAGUUCCUGAUUAUUUUUCUGAUACAUAGGAAAGGACAUGCAGACCAAAAUGCACCAUAAUUGCAAUACAAAUAGUAUCUAGAAAUGAUAUUUGGACUAUGGUUGAUUCCGCAGAAAAAAGGACUAUAAAAACAAUAUAAUAUAGAAUAGUAUGGUAAGAGCAGUGAUCAAGGACCCCCAAAUAACCCAUGGAAGAAGGAACAGAGAGACACUUUUUAUUGCCCAGACAGAAUUUAUUAGUCUCUAGUUAUUAAAAAUCUGAAAACCAGGGAUGUAACAUCAUCAGGAUUCAGGUUUCUCUUCUGCUGAAGGCAACCAUAGCUUUGGCCCACCCUCCUUUAUAUGUUGCAAUCUCUCAUAGACAUGCAUGAGAGGCAUAGGUGUAUGUCUUGAAAGGCAACCUUGACUUGGGCACGACCUGGCAGGAAAUAAAACCUUCUCUGUGUAGUAGUAGAAUUUCAUUGGUGGAGGGGGUAUUUGUACUGCAAUAAGUGUUUUGUUCUUUUUAAAGUCCGAAACACUCUGAAACACUCUCCAGACCAGGUAUCCAAAGGAAAAUGGACCUCCUAGUCUUGGCUGACCCUUCUGGAGAGUAGUUUUUCAAAUCAGGACUGUCUUGUUAUCUGUCUUGAGAAUCCAAUGGAUUAAAAACCUUGGGGGCUCAAGUUAUGAAUGACGCUGCUUGUAUACAAUUCAAUAAAAGAUUCAGGGGUGAGAAGUGCGUG